ACAAAAGAACAGUAAUCGUAAUCGUAAUCCAAUUUCACAGCCGCCUACUGAAAUCGACUGCAAGAAGAAACCCGAAAAUGGGGAAGACUGGGAAGAAGCAAAAAAACCAACGUAUUCAGAGGUCCGCAUCUUACUACCUCGAAGACGACGAACGACAAACUUACCCCUCAAAUAAUGCAGCCCCUUCUUCUCAAUCCGAUCCUAAUCUCACUCUCUCCGACGAAGAAUCAGAAUCAGACGACAAAAACGACCAAAACCCAUCACCAGAUGACGACAAUAGCCUCCCUUCGAAGUUCUCACUAUAUCAACAAUCAGUACAGUCGCCUAAAGGAGACAUUAGUUAUCUCCAAAAGUUCUUUUUGACAUACGUUGGUGGCAGGGCACCCCUCCAUCUUCAAGAAGACUUCUGCGGCACUGCUCUUCUCAGUACAGAAUGGCUUCGGAGUGAUUCAAGAAGAACAGCCGUAGGUUUGGAUUUGGACGUGGAGGCUCUUGAUUGGUGCAUGGAGAACAAUGUGAACAAAGUCGGAGCUGAUUUGUCUUCAAGAAUCGUUCUUUACCAUGGGAAUGUGUUGCAACCUCACGAAGCUAAAGUAGUGAAAUCCAGUUUUCAAAACACGAUGCAUAAUGUAACACUUGAAGAUGAUGAAAAUGGGAUUGAAUCUGUUGCUAAUUCUGAAAAACUUCCACCUAGGGACAUUGUAUGUGCUUUCAACUACAGUUGUUGCUGCCUCCAUAGUCGUCAAGAAUUGGUUUCUUAUUUCAAAAAUGCCCUUAGUUGUUUGUCUAAAAAAGGUGGAAUUUUUGUGAUGGAUCUUUAUGGAGGCACAUCAUCCGAAUGUGAACUUAGGAUGCAAAGAAAAUUCCCAAAUUUUACGUAUACUUGGGAGCAAGCUGGGUUUGAUAUUAUUCAAAGGAAAACACGGAUAAGUCUCCAUUUUACUCUGCAAAAGCAUCAAAAGAAAAAGCUUCGUCAUGCUUUUUCGUACAGCUGGAGAUUGUGGUCGUUACCGGAGAUUAAAGAUUGUAUGGAAGAAGCCGGAUUUAGGUCUAUUCAUUUUUGGAUCCGUCAAAUGCCAGAUAGUGAGAACAUCAAAAGUAUUGAAGGAUUUGGUGGGGGUAAAGAUGUCAAAUAUGAAGAAGUUACAAGUUUUCAACAAAAAGAUUCAUGGAAUGCUUAUAUUGUUGGGGUUUCAUAGUGAUUGAUGAUUAAAAAGAUGGUUUCUUUGGAUUCUUUAGAUGUUAUGUACUUGAUUAACAUGGUGGAUUUGUUAAAACAUUAAUAGAUCCAUCAAAAACAUAGACUUUGAUUUUUGAGGUCAAAGUUUGGCAUUUAUCGUAUGAUUAAUGAUUAGGAUAUUGUGACAAAGUUAAAGUAAUAUUCAUUUGUUGAGUUGCUAUUUGUGAGGAA